AUGUCGCGACAUCUCUCGCUAGAUGCCCAUCUGUUGCUGUUUACCAACGACAGUGACGAUAACGACGCCAACGAUGCUGCCAACGAGGAUUUCGUGUCGUUUCCUACCCUCCCAGACCCUGACACCGUAGCUGACCGCUCAAUCUCCACCAUCAUCUCCAAAACCUUGCGCAAGGUCACCAAUAACGCAUCCAACCUCGUCCACACAUACACAAGUCCUCGCCAUCUGAAUGAAGCUGCAGCCGACAUCAUCGACACGCUGUCGAUAUACUCGCGUAUUCCACACAAGGACUUUAUGUCUGAGAUAGAUACCGACUCCGUUUCGAAAGUCCAUGACAGUGGGGCCAUCCAGGUUCCCUCGACGCCAGCAUUGCCAGUACCGGCCCCGUCCAGAGCCAGCACAGUGGCCGGUUCCACACAGUUGGCUUCUUCUGCUACACAUUCACGGAUUCAGACACAAAUAAAUCCGGUUCCCAUUCUCGAACCGGGCUUUGAACACGUUCCUCUGUCGACAUUGACACCUCUGCACUCCAGCCUAGCUUCUUCUUCUGCGCCGGGUCAGCAGGAGCCCUCGACGACCAAGCACAACCAGGUGUCAGACGUAGUCAGCGUUGCUAGCACGCAAUUGGAUUCGUCGCCAAAAGUUACCUCGGAUAAUCGCUUUCUACGUAUAUCCACCAUGCAGCCAUCCAAACUGCCUGCUUUUCUGGUGAGUAAGAACGAGGUCACGGUGGUCAAUACCGAUGCUACAUCGACGCCGCUGGAGACCUUGCCAGCCCCUGAGGUUUCGGAGUUGGAGGUGACCAAAGUUCGUCUUCAUCACCCAUCAACCUCCGACGGUUCCAGCAACAAAGCCAAUCUCCAAAAGAGAAUAUCUUCCAUCUUCAACAACUUACCCAAUGACAUUGAGGUAUCUGAUGAUUCAGCCUCAGAUCUGGAGACCAUCAACAACGACAGCAUGAGUUCCACCAACCAUUCAACUUUGCAAGCUAGACUCAUACCACGUAAAUCGGUUUCCAAGAAUACAGCUAUGCCAGCAAUAGUCAACUCGAGCCCUGCUUCGUUUUCCAGGAAGUCGGAAACGUCCAACAAGUCUUCUAUUCAGACUUUGAAAGCGAAACAUCCGAUGAAUAGGAGAAUCUCGGCAAACUUUUCAUCUGCCAUCAUUGAUGGGGCUAAGUCGAUCAUCAAUACCAACUUGGCUGGAGUGGCAUCUUCUACGACUUCUAUGGUCGAUUCACUCACCGACAGUCUGAAGAAGAAGAAGAAAAUGAGGAAAUCUCAUAAGCUGUCCGAUAACCCUUUGAAGAAUGGUGGUAUUCCCAAAAAGUACUGGAUGAACGAUUCGUUUGUUUCUGAAUGUGCUAAUUGCUCUAGGCCUUUCACAGCAUUUCGGAGAAAGCAUCACUGUCGAUUCUGCGGCCAGAUCUUUUGCUCAGCUUGUACAUUAUUCAUCUCCUACACCCAGUAUAAGCAGCAGAGAAAGAAUAAGGACGGAGCAGUUAACAGCGACUCGCGCUCCUAUAACGACAAGUUGAGGGUGUGCAAGCCGUGCUAUGGUGAUGUCAUUGUGUAUCUCAGCGACGAUUCACUGCUGAGCUCAUCAGAGAACGAGGAAGAAGAAGAAGAAAUUGACACAAGUUCGAGGCGAUUAGACUCUGAUAAUGAGGAUCUACUCAUGUCCGAACACCCGCUAUCACGCUUUCGAUCACAUUCUACCAACUCGAGGCGGAAUAGUUUUGUGUUUUCUGACUCCCCUCAAAAUUCUAACAAGGCAUUUCUCAAGAAUCCGAAAGACACUCACAAUUUCAAUACUUCCCCUUCUAAUGAAUUGACUCCACGAAGCCCAGAUGUGAUUCCCUAUAAACAAGCACCUCAGAUGGCCAUUCCAACUACCAGAACUGGAGAGGCUGUGGAGAUUCAGAUUCCAACUCAGAAACCAAUAUUCGGAUCUUUACCACUGAAAUCGAAUUUAGCAAUGCUAGCCAUAAAGAAUGCUGCAUCUUCAAACUUGCACUCAAGCAGUGGUAACAGUGAAGUCUCUGACUCAAAACCAGGAUCGUGGUUUAAUCUGUACUCCCAGCAUAAUAAUUCUACUUCUGAAGUUGGAAAUACUAAUAGCUUGGACAAUUUUGGAGUUUUGUACAAAGCGGUUUCUAGGUAUGGGCGAAUGGCUUCUCGCUCAGAGAGUAGAGGCCAUAUCACAAACUCUUUGGACGAUCGGCAUGAAAUUGAAUACGACGUUGAAAGCGAAAACGAGGAUGAGCAAGCAAUGUCGCUUUACACUUCCUUGAAUCACAGCUCAUCUUCCCAGGCAAAUAUGUCUCCUCGUGUUCACAAUUCUUUGAAUCCUUCCAUGGCUGCGGUUCCAACACUUCAUGAAUUCCCCACUAUGGUGAUCGAUGAUAAGUACAUACCCACGAACACCACGCAAAGUACCGAUUUGAAGAAGUUUGAAUUUAAAAACAUGGAAUCAUUCCAUAAUCCUUCUAUUAAUGCCAACAAGCUGAGAUCAGAUUAUCGGUCGAACGAAAGGGCAAAGGCAUCAUUGCGAAGAAUUCGUACAAGACGCACCAACAAGGGACGUAAGUCAGCACUGGGAGCUCCUCCUCGUUUACAUCUUUUGGACACUUCUAUGUUGUCUAGUGCUGGAAAUGGCACCAGCCCAUUAUCAACUCCAACGUCUCCAACUCCGAAGGUUCAACCUGGCUACUUCUAUGGAAGCUCGGCGCCCAGACGUAGUAGCUCCAAUCCUGGCUUGCAACUGAGACGGGAUCAUAUACCAUCAACUCCAACUACGCCAAAACCGAAAGAAGUCGAUUUCAGAGACACCACCCAAGUUCUGCAUUAUAGCUUAGAUGAACAGCACAAAGAAUCUAAUCGAAACCAUCUUCUUGAGCCUGUCCUCGAUGACUACUUUAGUUCCUUCGAGCCUUCACUUGAUGAUUCCUAUGAUCAUCACUUCCGGAGAAUUAUAUCUCAGUGUCUUGAGGAUUGCGAUAUCAAAGAUGAAGCCGAAAAGACAAAUUGGCUCAAUGUGCUCCAUCGUAUCCUUUUGAAUAUCAAUCGAAUUGAGAUUGGUGAUACCCUCGAUGUCAAGCAAUAUGUAAAGAUUAAGAAGAUUUUCGGAGGGAGCGUCGAGGAUACAAAUAUCAUUGAUGGUUUAUUCAUUACUAAGAAUAUUGACUCUAAGAGAAUGAGAGCGAACAUCUCAAAUCCAAAGAUUGCAUUAUUGAUGUUUCCAGUUGAAUAUUUGAAGCAGAAAGAGCAGUUCAUCAGUUUGAGAAUCGUCAAUUCUCAGCAAGCUGUUUACAUUACUAACCUUGUGUCUCGUCUUAUUUCCCUCGAGCCUGACCUUAUUGUGGUGGGCGAUACUGUCUGUGGAUUAGCUGAACAACUUCUUGAAGAGGCGAACAUAACUGUUAUUUCAAAUGUGAAACCUCAAGUUAUUGAAAGAAUUUCAAGAUACGCAAAAGGAGAUAUUUUCCAGUCUGUUAAUGAUUUAUUUUUCAAGAAAGUUAGAUUAGGCACUUGCGGCAACUUUGAAGUGAAACGCUUUUUGUACAAAGAUAUCGUCAAGACUUAUUCUUUCUUUACGGGAAGUGAUAUUGAAUGUGGAUUUACUAUCUGUCUUCGAGGUGGUGAUGAAGAGCUUCUUGGUAGUACCAAAUAUGCAGCUGAAUCAAUGGUUCCUGGAGUUUUCAAUGCCAGAUUUGAGAAGCAACUUUUCAGAGAUUUGUCACUUGUCAUUAGGCGUCAUGAUUUGAUGUUGAAUUCUGGUACUACCGUUUCUGAACUGUUAAGAGCACUUAGUCACCAAGAUGGAGAAGUGCCCGAUGAAGCGAAGGUUUCUUGCGCCCAAUCAUUAAACCAUUAUGGAAUCUGUGAUUACAUUGAAUUGUUUGAAAAAAGAGUAUUGAGUGACUCUCCCGCAGUUCAAUUCACACUUCCGAAAGCGUUGAAGAAUCUUAUUUCCGCAUUGGAGACUUAUGUGGAGUUUUGUGACUUCAAUAAAUCGCUUCAGAGAUUGCAGCCAACUGAUGAAAUCAAUAACAGCAUGCUAGAGAAAUUAAACUUUGACUUCAAUCUUGAGCGAUUCAGAGGAAAGGAGGACGUCAUUGACAUUAUUAAGUUUGUUGGAGCUGACAAAGCUCGUAGGCUUUUACAAGAGUUCAAUUUCCGUACAAGGAUAUGGUCAAUCAGUAUGAAAUACCCGAUCUAUCAGCUUUAUCCAAUUUUCCAUAAGAGUAUUCAUUUUUUGCAUUCCACAGUUUCCAUCAAGCAUGCGACCCCUUGUUAUGGUCCUAUCGUUGUUGUGAUUGACUAUUACACAGAGAAUGAUAAGUGUCUUGGACUGUUCCUCGACCAAAUCUUGCAAGACUCCAACAAAGUCUGCGACGAGUGCGGAGAAUUGAUGCUAGAUCACUAUAAGACUUAUGCUCACGAUAAUGCAAAACUUGACAUUGUUGUCGAAAGAGUCGAGAACGUCGGUGAGAACGAGGGAGGAUACAAAGGUAUGAAUGAAAGAAUGAUGUGGAGUUACUGCCCAGAGUGUAAUAUCUCCACUCCUAUCACCGCCAUGAGCGAUGAAUCAUACUUCUUGUCUUUAGGAAAGUUCUUGGAACUUAGCUUUUGGGCCAGAGAUGUAUCAUAUUUCAAGGAUUGCCCUCACGACUAUUUCAAGCAACAUAUAAAGUAUUUUGGAGUCAGAGAUCUUGUGAUCAGGGUUGAAUAUGGAAAAAUUGACACAUAUGAGGUUGUUGUUCCAAGCAAGAAGCAUGAGAUUACAUUGGAAACGGAUAUUAAACUCAAGCUAGAAUCUUUUGAGCAAAUUCAGAAGAGCACAACAGCAUUCUUCCAGAGUAUUUCGCAGCGGUUGACAAGGGUUAAGCUUGAUACUUUUGACAAGGCUGAGGCUGGCCGCCAGAAAGUGGAAGAGCUUAAAACGAAAUUGAAAACACAAGAAGAGUUCAUCAGCUCCAAAAUGAUCUCAAUCUAUAGCACGACAGCCCCUACUAAUUAUCUUUCUUUGAAUGUGAUACAGAGGGACCUACAGGAACUUGGUGUUGCCUGGGAUAAAGAAUUCAAUGAUUUUGAAAGUAAUUUCUUGCCAACCGAGAAUGAAAUUACCAAGAUCACCCAGUUUCAUUUAAGAAACUUUCUCAUCGAUAAGUUAGAAGAUUCAGGCAUGAAGGAGCCCGAUAACACAGAUGAAGAAAAGCCGGAAAGCGAGCACUCUGAGUCUCCAAAAGAUGACACUGAAGUUGAAAACGGUGCAGAAAUCCCAGGUCAAGCUAAUACCAUCACUCAAGUCAAAGAUUACUUAACUCUGGGCUCAAGAAUGAGAGUUCCUCUGUCGAUCAUUGAGGACAAGAUACUGCAAUUCAAACAAUCGUUUGAAAAUGAUCAGAAGCAACUGUUGAGAUCGCCUGCAAGAGCAAGGAAUUUGCUGAUCAGUGAUAACGCCGAGGGUAAUGCCCAAGUACCUAAUAGAGUCCAAGAUCUUACCAAUUAUUUCAAUCAGAUGACACUUGAAUUUCAAAGACAGAGAGAGGAAGAGUUGGAAAAGAAAUCCAACAACUAUAGGGCUAUCCCUAUCGCCAAAUCUCAGCCUAUUGUGGAAAUGUAUGACAACAUUGAGGAUGUUGUCGACGUGACUCCAAAGAGUGGAAAGAGGGAUGAUCAGCAAGAAUCAGCAAUCAAUUCCCCGGUCAACUCACUCCGUAAGUUUGACGGUGCUACUGGUAAGUACUCACAACCACAGCAGGCACCUCAAUUUCCGUCGACUGAACAGAGACUUGAAACUACCAUGAAUGGAGAGCAGAAGAAGGAGAUGCAGAGAGCCUCAAAAGAUCAGACGGGUAAACAAAGAUUGGAAAUUCCUCAACCAGAGAGAAAUUCUCUUUUAAAAACAUUAACAAAUUUCUGGGCUGAUCGGUCCGCAACGUUGUGGGAGCCUUUGGAUUAUCCAUUGAAUUUUACAGAACACACUUUUGCAGACUCGGAUGUAAUUGUCAGAGAAGAUGAACCGAGUUCCCUUGUGGCCUUCUGUCUUUCAACUACUGAUUAUAAGCAGAAGAUCAUGAAGAUGGCUACAGAUCCUGAUGAAAGUGAUGACAAUUUAGAGAUCAAUGAGCAAUACGUCAAGAAGCUCAGUAAUUUCACCAACAUCGAGAGGAAGUUCAAGAAGAAAUUCGCAAAAUCGGAUACUGGUAUGAGUGAGUUGGAGGCCACCAUGACAAAAACCAAGUCUACACACUUGAAAUACCAAUUUAUUGAUGGAAAUACCGACUUAUCGUGCAAAAUCUUCUAUAGUGAGCAAUUCGAGGCUUUCAGAAAAGCAUGUGGAGUGGAUGAAAGUUUCGUUCAGAGCUUAUCUAGAUGUGUCAAAUGGAAUUCAAAGGGCGGAAAGAGUGGGUCAAACUUUUUGAAAACGCUUGACAACAAAUACAUCCUCAAAGAGCUCUCCAAGUCUGAGCUAGAAUCGUUUGUGUCUACAGCACCAUUCUAUUUCAAGUACAUUUCACAGUCAACGUUCAAUACUUUGACAACAGCAUUGGCCAAGAUCUUUGGCUUUUACCAAGUUGAGAUCAAGAACUCAAUUAAUGGAAAAACAUUCAAGAUGGAUUUCUUGAUUAUGGAAAACCUAUUCUACAACCGUACCACCACUCGAAUCUUCGAUUUGAAAGGAUCAAUGCGAAAUCGUCAUGUCAAGCAAACAGGAAAAGAAAACGAAGUGUUGCUUGACGAGAACAUGAUUGAAUACAUUUAUGAGAGUCCAGUUUUUGUACGGGAGCACUCCAAGAAACUCUUGCGAGGCUCUUUAUUUAACGAUACUUCGUUUCUCUCUGCGAUGGAUGUGAUGGACUACUCACUUGUGGUUGGAAUCGAUGAUUCGUCUCACAAACUCUACGUUGGAAUCAUCGACUGGCUUCGUGCAUUCACAUGGGAUAAGAAAGUGGAAAACUGGAUGAAAGGAAACAGUUUGGUGGGCAAAAAAGGUAAAGAUCCUACAAUUGUUACACCCAAGCAAUACAGAACCCGGUUCCGUGAAGCCAUGGACAGAUAUAUUCUUGAAGUUCCCGAUAUCUGGUAUGAAGGAAAUUGA